UAUAUUUUUUUAUAACGAUUUUGGUUAGUUUCCUAUGUUUCAUAUUUCUUAUGAAUACACGGGAUCGUAAGGUCCACGUGUCAAAAAUGAACAAAGUCCUACGAUCUUUUAUUUAAUUGAAAUUUAGAUGCGUGGCGAAUAUGGUACUAAAUACGGCCAAAGGUAAAUACCGGACUUGUACAGAGCUCUCGGCUUUUUCCAAAGCAUAGAAAAAUGCUUCUUAUAGGUUAGUCGUAAUAUAUUGUUAAAUAAUUUGUUGAGUCUGCGUAACUUGUAAAAAUGUUGAGGCGACGACACGUAAAUGUUAAAACGGUCAAGGAACUGGAUGCAUUUCCGAAAGUUCCUGAGUUAUAUGUCGACAAAACUGCUGUCGGGGGAACAUUUUCUAUUUUUACAAUUUUUAUUAUCGCAUAUUUGAUAAUAGCUGAAACAAGCUACUAUCUCGACAGCAGACUGCAAUUCAAAUUUGAGCCAGAUACCGAAUUUGAUGCAAAACUGCAGAUUAACAUUGACGUAACGGUUGCAAUGCCGUGUGGCCGUAUUGGUGCUGAUGUUUUAGAUUCUACAAAUCAGCACAUGAUAGAUUUUGACUCAUUGAAGGAAGAGGACACAUGGUGGGAAUUGACAGCGGAGCAAAGGGCACAUUUUGAAGCUUUGAAGCACAUGAAUUCGUAUUUAAGGGAGGAGUAUCAUGCCAUUCAUGAACUGCUCUGGAAAUCCAAUCAAGUUACUCUUUAUAGUGAAAUGCCAAAGCGAAAGUCCGAACCAGAUUAUCCACCAAAUGCCUGCCGUGUUCAUGGUAGUCUGAAUGUUAAUAAAGUGGCGGGUAACUUUCAUAUAACUGCAGGAAAAUCGUUGUCUGUGCCGCUUGGUCAUAUACAUAUUUCCGCAUUUAUGACUGAUAGAGAUUAUAACUUUACUCACAGAAUCAAUAGAUUUUCCUUUGGGGGACCUAGUCCAGGUAUUGUGCAUCCCCUUGAAGGUGAUGAGAAGAUUGCGAAUAAUAAUAUGAUGCUUUAUCAGUAUUUCGUCGAGGUUGUCCCUACAGACAUCAGGACGUUGUUAAGUACAUCAAAGACAUACCAAUAUAGUGUCAAAGAUCACCAGAGGCCAAUUGAUCAUCACAAAGGCUCUCAUGGAAUACCUGGAAUUUUUUUUAAGUACGAUAUGAGUGCGCUUAAAAUUAAAGUGACUCAAGAACGUGAUACAAUCUUUCAGUUUUUAGUGAAAUUAUGUGCCACUGUGGGUGGUAUUUUUGUUACGAGUGGUUUGAUUAAGAACAUUGUACAAAGCUUUUGGUAUAUUGUAAGCUGUAAAUUUUUAAACUUUGAGAAAAAAGUAGACAAUGGUGGCUCUGUCUCAUCGCAUUCCGUGAAUUAUCGGUCGACUGAUACCAUAAAUUUACUUGAUGUUACAGCCCCUCAAAGUAUCGAUAUCAUGAGACCUCAAUAAAGAUUUGUAUUAUUUA